UGCGUUUGCCGUGAAAGCCUUACCCCUUUUCAACCACAAUGGAGUCUAGAGAGAUUUACUCCCCUACUACUAAUUCUUACCUAUAAAUUAAUUCGGGUUAUAUUCAACCUAUAUUUCCCGUUCAUUGCCAACAGUGAUUUGACAUAUUUGUGGCUCAAUUGCCGCAAAGAUUGCAGUUUCUAAAAGCAUAUAUUUGUUCUUAGCUGGCUUCAAUCAGGAAAUUGUUUCAGGCUAUGUAGCACUAAUCUCAUUUUGUCAUUCAAACGCUGCAUUUUUGUUUGGUGAAAAACGACCAACCAAAUUAAGGCAUGACUGAGUAUAAGCUUGUUGUGGUGGGUGCUGGAGGUGUUGGGAAGAGUGCCUUAACUAUCCAGCUCAUCCAGAAUCACUUUGUGGAUGAAUAUGACCCCACCAUCGAGGACUCGUACAGGAAGCAGGUGGUGAUUGACGGGGAGACGUGUCUGCUGGACAUCCUGGACACAGCAGGUCAGGAGGAGUACAGCGCCAUGAGGGACCAGUACAUGAGGACAGGGGAAGGCUUCCUUUGUGUGUUCGCCAUCAACAACAUCAAGUCCUUUGAGGACGUUCACCUGUACAGAGAACAGAUCAACAGGGUGAAGGACAGUGACAGUGUGCCUAUGGUGCUGGUGGGGAACAAGAGUGACCUGGGGAGUCGGAGCGUGGAGAGCAGGCAGGCUCAGGAACUGGCCCGCGGCUAUGGUGUGCCCUUCGUGGAGACCUCUGCCAAAACCAGACAGGGAGUGGAGGAGGCGUUCUACUCUCUAGUCAGAGAGAUCAGGAGGUAUAAGGAAACCAACCGCAGCAACAAGAAGAGCAAGAAAAGCACUCAGAGACGUUGCACCAUUCUAUAACACCACACACACACUGCACAUACCUCAUAACCCCCACACACACUGCAGUUCCUUUACCACAUGGGAGACGUUACUUCUCGUGUUGACGGGAUCUGGAAUGGUGAACACAUCAAGUUCCACUUUCUGUCAUUGGUGUCGUUACCGUAGUAACGGAAACUUCACUUCCUGUUGCUUCUCAUUGGCUGCACCAUUAGAAUUGUGACUUCAGUUUAUCCACGUUGUUUUCUGACAAUUGUAACAAGAAACUAGAAGUUGUAGCAUUGAAGAGGGGAUUUAUAGACUGGGUUUAAAGCCGCCAUCUUCGGUUGGUUUAAAUAUGAACGUCACUUUACUGCCCCUAGUGGUAAAUAUCUGAGGGGUAAUUAAUUGAUUAAUUAAUGGUCUCAUAGCUACACAUUCCAAAUGAUCAUCUGGUUUAUUUUUUCACCUAAGGGGGAAAAAAUAGAUUUUUGGUCUUUGCCAACGUGUUCUGCAUUGCAAGAAGCCAGUGUAGGCUAGCUUUUCUUGCAUUCCAAGGUAGUUUUCUCUUCAGUAUUUACACAAGUGGCUAUCCCUGUUAUUGUUUUUUAAAUGAUUCAGCAGGGUUGUAAUAGAGAAGGUAUUUUGGUCCUCACCUAGCCUCACUCUCACUUUCUGUAUUAAAAAAAAUCCAAUCAGAGUCAAAGGCCACAACUCACUAUUGUGUCAUUAGGCAGCGUUUGCAUGGGCAGCUCAAUUGGGAUUUUUCUUUUUUUUCAAUUAUUGGCAAAAGAUCUGAUUGGUCAAAAGACCAGUUAGUGAGGAACAUAUCAGAAUUAGGUUGCCUGUGUGAACACGGCCUUAUACUGUUGCCAUUUCUAUAGGAUCAUGUCCAAUUAUUUAGGCAAGCUGUUCAGGUCAGUGUCCUAGCUUGAGGUCCAUUAAAGUUGUGCACAUGAAAAUGUCUAUUGUGA